AAUUUGGUUCUGAUCCCGCUCCUGACCGCAGAUCAACUUCCAACACCGGGCACUGUACCUCCUCCUCCUACCGUAGCGCCAAUCCAAAGUCAUUCAUCUUCGGCUGGCCACCACACCACAUUUCACGAUUUGCAUGUUACACCCAAAUUACCGGCACUAGGAGGUAGCAGCGAAGCCACACGCCAUGGAGGAGCAGCUGGUGCGUCUGCUUGCCGAGACCCAAUCUAGCCAGGAAGAACCACGAAAGAAUGCCGAGUAUCGACUGAAGGAGCAAUACGCCAAUGCAGACUUUCCCCUCCUGCUGCUCUCCAUUGGCGCCCAUGAUAAUGUGCCCGAGGGCGUGCGGCAAUCCGCCCUCCUGGUGCUCAAGAACUUUGUCCUCGCCUGCUGGUCGACGCAGUUCGAUGAGUAUGUCGGUCCGUUGUACGUGGACGAGGCCAGGAAGUCUCAAGUCCGGACGCAGCUUCUUGCAUUGGCCACUAGCACUCGCGACGAGCGAAAGAUCAAGAGCGCAGCCAGUCUAGUUGUCAGUAAAAUUGCGACGGCGGAUUUCCCAGACGACUGGCCAGACUUGCUGCAACAUGUUAUGAACGUGGUCUCGAGCGGAGCCGAUAGUCAACUUCACGGCGCUCUCAAGGUUCUAAAUGAGCUCGUGGACGACUGCUUCAACGAAGAGCAGUUUUUCAACAUUGGUCAUGCUCUGGUCAAAGUGGUCUACGAUGUGGCUGUGAAUGAGAACCGCAAAGCGACGCUCCGAGCGAUCGCAGUGUCUGUGUUCCGGUCGACCUUCAACAUUCUCGAGAUGGUCAUGGAAGACCACAAGGCGGCCGUCAAGGCAUUUGCCGAAGAGAAUCUCGCGGGCUGGCUCCCGUUCUUUGUGGAAAUGAUCAAGUCACCUCUGCCACCCUCCCCUCAGCGCGAUCAAGAAAAGGGCGAAGUUGCCGAGCACUACCGUGGCCACGUCGCACUCAAGCUGCAGAUUGUCAAGAGCUUGAUGCGACUCCGGACGCUCUUUCCCCAGAUGCUCUCGCCGCACAGCCCCGCACUCUUCUCUGCCACUUGGCAGGAGCUGUCCAAUCUGCAGAGCCAGUACUACCAGAUGUACAUUGAGGACGAUCGGCAGGGACGACUGGAAGAUGCCGACGGGCUGCCGUACACUCUCGAUUUCCUGGUGCUAGAAGAACUCGAUUUUAUGCAAGCCUGUCUUCGAGCACCACCCGUGCGAAAGGAACUCGAACAGCAGCUGCAGCCUGGCGGUGCGACCUGGAUCGUCGAUGUGCUGAAGAUUGCUGUUGCGUAUGGUCAGAUCACGACGGAGGAAGAAGCUCUGUGGAAUAUCGAUGUCAAUGUGUUCCUGUCAGAAGAAGUUAAUGUCACUGCCAAUUACACUCCACGUUCGGCAUGUGGUGACCUGGUAAUCAAGCUUGGCGAGUGGCUCAAUACAGUAACCGUGGAGAGCCUCCUGACAUACACACGCACGCUGUACUCUGAGAAUGCAGGCUGGAAAGCAAAGGAAGCUGCUCUGUACCUGCUCAAUCAGCUUCUCGGCGACUUUCAGGACGUGGAGAAACAAAUCGGCCAUGACUCUGCUCGAGGCUAUGUUGAUUUCAUCAAGCAUGCCAUGCAGGAAGAGCAGGUCUUCUUGCGCGCGAGAGGUUAUCUUGUCGCGGGCAGUCUGACCAGGACAUCGGGAGAUGCCUUGCAAUCUGUGGCAGCCUCGUUCAUGGAGGCAUCCUUGCAGGCGAUAGCCAGCGACGAAUCUGAGAUUGUCAAGGUCUCGUGUAUUCGUGCCUUGCAAUACUACCUAGCGGCACUACCUUCUUCAAUCACGCUGCAGAGACAGUCUGAAAUUGUGGCAGCGCUGUCCAAUUUCCUCAACACGCAAGAUCUCAGCGACCUGGACGACAGUGACGAUCUUCUUAUCACGAUCAUCGAGACAUUACGCGAUGCCAUCAUGCUCGACACUCGCACCUGCCUGAGCGGUGGUGGCAUUGAUCUGUUGUUCACUGUUGCUAGCAGAGGAGCUGCAAACUUCCAGAUUGCGCUAUUGGUCACUGAGAUAUUCGAGGAGAUUGCAGAGACAGUGGCUCGUGCAGGACCAGAGGCAUAUGCGCAGCUUGCGCAGAAAGUCCUGCCCUCGCUGAUGGGCGCGUUUGAUGUUGCCAGCCUGACCGAAGAGAAUGCACUAGCCAAUCUAGCCGCAGAUCUCCUCUCUGUGAUAGCAGACAACGGUUCCAGGCCUCUUCCUCAAGGGUUUGCGAAUACCGUGAUGCCGCGUCUGAAUCGCUUGCUCCUCGGAUCACAAGACGAUGAGCUCCUCAAGUCUGCGACGGCGGCCGUAAGGCACAUGUUGCGACACGAUCCCGACCAGGUCUUCAAUUACCAAAGCCAGGAUGGCAAGGGUGGCUUGGAAGUCGUUCUCAUCAUCAUCGAUCGGUUGUUGAACCCCGCCGUCGACGAUAAUGGUGCCGCAGAAGUUGGUGGCCUUGCGGCAGAAGUGGUGGAGAAGGCGGGAUCGGAGAAGCUGGGCCCAUAUCUCAUGCAGCUGCUGCAAGCGGUGGCAGUCCGACUGGGAACUGCCACACAGGCACAUUUCAUUCAGAGUCUGAUUCUGGUCUUUGCUCGACUGUCGCUGAUAUCUGCGCAGGAGGUCGUUGGUUUCCUCGCCGAUGUUCGCAUCGGUGACCAAAAUGGCUUACAGGUGGUCAUCACGAAGUGGCUGGAGAACUCCAUCAACUUUGCGGGCUAUGAGGAUAUUCGACAAAACAUCAUCGCGCUGUCCAAGCUUUACGAACUCAACGACCCCCGCCUCUCCCAAAUACAAGUUAAAGGCGACCUGAUCGUGCCCAAGUCCGACCGCAUUAUGACUCGGUCUCGCGCACGACAACAACCUGAUCAAUACACGAUAAUUCCCGCGCAGCUCAAGAUUGUCAAAGUCCUGGUGGAAGAGCUUCUAUCGGCAUCAGGAGGAUCCGCUCGCAAUCUCGAUGCUGCGGCAGCUGCGGAGCUCAAUGACGAUGAUGACGACGAUGACAACGGGGACUGGGAGGACGACCCCAACGAAUUCUUGGACCUUGGGGCCGGCAUGAGCAAAUCGCAAUUGAUGGCAUAUGGCGCCGAGGACCAUGCAUCGGCCACGCGUGGGCAGGAUGAUGAGACGCAAUCAUUCUUGCUGAACUUCUUUCGCCAACAAGGACAAAAUCCCGAGUUUGGCAAUGUCUUUAAUGCGCUCACGCCCGAAGAGCAACAGAAGUUGCGGAGUAUGACGACGUCGUGAGGGUGAAUUUUUUUAUUCUUCUUUUCUUCUUCUUUUUCAUCUUCUUCACUGCGUUGUAAUCUCUCUUUUGAACGGCGUCAUGUCGAUCAGCGCAUGCCUAGGGGGGGUGGAGAGGGGAGGAACAUGGGAGAGGAUGAUCCAACAGCGAAUAGUCAGAUAGCGAUUGCCAUGGAGCGACUUUGAUGCAGAGUAACCACGAUGCCCAUCCAUGCAUUGCUCAGUGCGGGUGGCCUUUGUCUUGCUCUUCGCAAUGAAUAAAUAUAUAUAUACAUACCUACGUUUUGCACUGAGAAUCCUAGUGGCUAAU